AGAGGAGGCAGCAGCUGAUGAAGGCGGAGGGAGAAGUGGGCGGGACUAGGCGGGAGGGAGGCGGGGCCUGAAGCUCCUCCUCCUCCUCCUUCCAGAGCUGGAUCCCCAGCGAAGGCGAGGAAGAGUCCGGCGCCAGGCGCAAGGCGAGCCCAGGGAGUCUUCUCUUAUGUAAAAGCCCCCGAAGGCGAUGUGCGAAGUGGGGACGCGCCCGGCUUUCCCUGCCGCCGGAGGAGGAGGAGGAGCGGAGCGAGGCGGAGGAGAGACCCCGCCGCUGCCGUCCAGCGCCCUCUCGCCCCCGGCGCUGCAGGCGGGCUUGGCCGGCGGAGAGAAGGGCCGAGAGAUGGGAGAGCAGCCCAUCUUCACCGCCAGAGCGCAUGUCUUCCAAAUUGACCCCAGCACCAAGAAGAACUGGGUUCCUGCAAGCAAGCAGGCGGUAACUGUUUCCUACUUCUAUGACAGCACAAGAAACAGCUAUCGCAUUAUCAGUGUGGAUGGAGCCAAGGUGAUUAUAAAUAGCACUAUCACACCUAAUAUGACCUUCACCAAAACAUCACAGAAAUUUGGCCAGUGGGCUGAUAGCAGAGCAAAUACUGUCUUUGGCCUGGGCUUUUCUUCUGAACAGCAGCUAAGCAAGUUUGCUGAGAAAUUUCAAGAGGUCAAAGAAGCUGCCAGGUUGGCCAGAGAGAGAUCUCAGGAAAAAAUAGAGACUUCCAGCAAUCAUUCCCAAGAAUCAGGGCGCGAAACUCCAUGUUCGACUCGGGCAUCCAGUGUGAAUGGAACAGAUGAUGAAAAGGUCUCGCACGGUCCUUCUGAUACACAGCUGAAAACAGAGAAUGACAGACUGAAAUUUGCUCUAGCCCAAAGUUCCUCUAAUGUAAAGAGAUGGGAAAUAGAACUGCAGUCUCUUCGGGAGAGCAAUGCCAGGCUGACUUGUGCGCUCCAGGAAUCCGCAGCCAGCAUCGAACACUGGAAAAAACAGUUCUCCGUUUGCAAAGAAGAGAAUGAUCAACUUAGGAGCAAGAUUGAGGAGCUGGAGGAACAAUGUGACGAAAUAAACAAGGAAAGAGAAAGAAACGUGCAGCUGAGCAAGCGCCUCCAGGAGUUGGAAGCAGAGCUUCAAGACAAGGAGUUGGAGUUGGAAGAUCUUCGGAAACAGGGUGAAAUCAUACCACAGCUGAUGACAGAAUGUGAAACAGUAUCUCAGAAAUUGCAGGCCGCGGAGAAGAGGAAUAAAGACCUUGAGGAUAAGGUCCGCGCCCUGAAGACCGAGGUGGAAGAGAGCAAACACCGGCAAAAUCAUCUCAAGACGGAGUUACAGACUUUUUUAGAUGUACUAGACGGGAAGAUAGAUGAAUUACAUGAUUUCCGGCAAGGACUGUCUAAACUGGGAGUUGACAACUAGGGAACCGCAACGUUUUCUUCCCCUUCGGUGUAACAUUGCAGGUGUGCGUGGGUGCAGAUGUGUUUUAAUUCCCGAACAUUUCUUUCUUACACACAGACACAGACACGAGCUCAAAUAGGUUGGUUCUUCCUGUUUGCGGUGUGAUUUGUACAUAAUUUUAAAAGGUUCGUGCUUCUCCCUUCCUUUCCUUUUUGCUUUACGAAAAUGGUUGAUUGUUCUUUGAAAGAGAGAAAGCGAGAAGUGUUUUUAUCUUAUUGCUAUAAUAGUCCUUUGAGAGUUUGUGGACAGGAGAGGGGUCUUGCCUCAGGAAAACUGGACUCCAGACCCAAAAUGAAUAUGCAGUGAGAUGUUCCAGGGAAUGUUCUGUCUUGAAGGGCUGCUGCAACCAUAGAAACAGGAAUCCAGGCUUUUUCUGAGUCUUGGUUAUUAAGCCACAUGCGGUUUUAUUCCUCCUUUAUGUGCGGGGAAGAUGAGACAAGAUUCCUGUGGUUUGUCAACAGGCUUAAUGGCAAAGUGCGCAUGCGGUUGAUGCCCUGAGCCUUAGGAACAAAUCAGCGAAGACACCCUUUUCUACCUGCGAGGCCUUUUUCAUACAGAAUUUGCCAUGUUCCAUUAUGUGCACUUACAAUCCAGUCUCCAGACUGCGGUGUCUUUGGCUGUGGCCGAAUGGGUAUGUGCUUUAUGCAAUAACUCCUCGCCUUAGUGGAUUUCACAGUAGGGUAUAUAGAUGAGCCAUUGACAUGUCUGGGAAAUGGGCCGUUCUCUUGAGAUGCCUAGAGAUGCAAUGGCACACCCGAGGUCCUUUCAGACUGCAGAAUUAUUAUAGCAUUAUGAUUCCACUUUAGCUGUCAUGGAUCGACAGUUUAGGGAGGGAUACUCGAGUAUAAAGAUCCAACAUAUGAAUGAAAAGUAAUGCCUCCACCUUCGUAACUCCUCAACAGAUGGCAAUACUAGUCUUGUUCAGUAGACUCUUUUCUACAGUUCCAUUUGGCGGGAAGCCUUAGCAUUGAACGGUUGUGUUGUUAAAGUGCGAAGUAUGGAACUCUGCACAGACGGUUCCAUUUGGCGGGAAGCCUUAGCAUUGAACGGUUGUGUUGUUAAAGUGCAAAGUAUGGAACCCUGCGCAGACAGUUCCAUUUGGCGGGAAACCUUACAUUGAACGGUUGUGUUGUUAAAGUGCGAAGUAUGGAACCCUGCGCAGACGGUCGGUCAAUGUGACUUAAGCAACGUGCAGUCAUUGAAUUCUUGGCAGCAGAAGGUGUCGCCCCAAAGGAGAUUCAUCAGAGAAUGGAAGCUGUUUAUGGUGAUUGUGUUGAUGUGAGUACUGUGUGUCAUUGGGCUGAAAUGGCAGACAAAGUUUUGAGGUAAUGAGACAAAGAGAAUUCCAGUGGCUGUAGAAAAAACACAUUUAUUCUCAGUGGCCAGAGAGAAUAAGCAAUAAGAAAAAGGACCUUCUCCUGUAAUCAGGAAAGCGAAGGUAUGGAACAAAGAAACACAGGUUCUUAUAUACCCUCUUCCUAUGUCAUCUAGGAAUUGUCCAUCACCAAUUAGUGUAAAAAAAAAGUCUUACUCUGCACUUUAAUAAAAGCUACUUUUGCAUUUUCCUAAAAUAUAGGCUCUUUCAAGACCUCUGACCCUCCAUUAGGCCUUAUCUAAGGAAUUUCCUAUCUAGGCUCUCAGGGGUUCUCAUUAAUGAAGGAAUUCCCCCCUAUCUUAGCUUUUAGGGAGCCAUUAGCACUCCUACAUGGUGCCCGGUCUUAUGUUGACAUCCCAAAAGCCUUAAUUUGUCUUUUGUCCAUUAGCUUAUCUAUUCUUGUUGAAACUUGACAUAUGUCUCUGGCACUUAAGGUGAACUUUGGUCCUGCUUAUGGGGAGACAGUUAUUUGCUGAGCAGAGUGUAUUUUGGGGCUAUAUGCACACAAUUCUGCUUGUGAUUACAUUUUUCCUAUUCCUAUUUUUAAUAUGAUUACAUUUAAUAUAUAGUUUCCAAUACAAGUACAGUAGAGUCUCACUUAUCCAACAUAAACGGGCCGGCAGAAUGUUGGAAAUGCAAAUAUGUUGAAUAAGGAGGGAUUAAGGAAAAGCCUAUUAAACAUCAAAUUAGGUUAUGAUUUUACAAAUUAAGCACCAAAACAUCAUGUUAUACAACACAUUUUACAGAAAAGGUAGUUCAAUACACAGUAAUGUUAUGUAGUAAUUACUGUAUUUACGAAUUUAACACCAAAAUAUCACGAUGUAUUGAAAACAUGGACUACAAAAAUGCUUUGGAUAAUCCAGAACGUUGGAUAAGUGAGACUCUACUGUAUUAUAUUUUUCUAAUACACCUUCAUCAGGGUGAGUAAGUUUAAAGAUAUUGAGGUGGGAACAUCUGACUUGUGUGACAAACAAAGAGUUGCACAUCCUGUGACAGCAAACACCGAGUUUCACAAGCAAAACAUUGACAGAUUGAUUCAGGACAAUCGUUGUAUCACUCAGAAAUUUCAAGCAAAAUCGGCAUUUCACAAGAACGUGUGGGUCACAUUAUUGCUUUGCUUGGCUGUCAGAAGAUCUGUGCACGAUGGGUUCGGUGAGACGCUGGUUACAGAAACAGUGUCGACUUUUCCGUGAUGGCUUCAGAAAACUUGUUCAUCAUUGGCAGAAAUGUAUCCAAUUGUCUGGUGAUUAUGUGGAAAAGUGAAUAGUGGUAGUUAAAGAGCACAUUCUAAGGAUUAUUUCUGCGUUUGAUUUAUUAAAAUAUUCCCAUCCAAACCCAAAUAACGAAGGUGGAGGCAUUACUUUUCAUUCAACCCUCGUAGGUUAGCAGCUUGGGUUUUUGUAGUGGGGCCAUCGAGAUUAGGGUUGGAUGCCCCACUCAGCCAUGGAAACCUAUUGGAUGGUGAUGUUGUCAAAGGCUUUCAUGUCCGGAAUCUCUUGGUUGCUGUGAGUUUUCUGAGUUGUAUGGCCAUGUUCCAGAAGCAUUCUCUCCUGACAGAGUUCUUUCUCCCACCCUGGACAUUCCACAGAUAUAUAAACCCCACUUGCCUAGUUUCCAACAGACUUCACAACCUCUUGCCAUAAAUGUGCAUGAAACAUCAGGAGAUAAUGCUUCUGGAGCAUGGCCAUGCAGCCCAGAAAACUCACAGCAACGCAAUUAUAUGAAUACAGUAGAGUCUCACUUAUCCAACAUAAACGGGCCAGCAGAACGUUGGAUAAGCCUGGGCUGUGGCGCAGGCGGGAGAGCAAGCCAGCUGCAAUUAACUGCAAUGAAUCACUCUGACCAGGUCAUGAGUUCGAGCCCCGCUUGGAGCCUAUGUUUGUUUGUCUUUGUACUAUGUUAAAAGGCAUUGAAUGUUUGCCUAUAUGUGUAAGGUGAUCCGCCCUGAGUCCCCUUCGGGGUGAGAAGGGCAGAAUAUAAAUGCUGUAAAUAAUAAAUAAAUAAGCGAAUAUGUUGGAUAAUGAGGGAUUAAGGAAAAGCCUAUUAAACAUCAAAUUUGGUUAUGAUUUUACAAAUGAAGCACCAAAACAUCAUGUUAUACAACAAAUUUGACAGAAAAAGUAGUUCAAUACGUAGUAAUGCUAUGUAGUAAUUACUGUAUUUACGAAUUUAGCACCAAAAUAUCACAAUAGAUUGAAAACAUUGACUACUACGUUGGAUAAUCCAGAAUGUCGGAGAAGCAAAUGUUGGAUAAGUGAGACUCUGCUGUAUUUGUAAAUCACUUUUUUCUUAUUUUUUUGAAAAAAAUUGGAUUUUUUAUACUGCAGUUUUGACUUGAGUGGAUUCCAUUAUUUGCAGAGGUCAACGCAUGAUUUUCAGGCAUCUCCGCUCUUAAGGGUCCUUGUUGAAGCAACCAUCCUCAUAUUGCAAUGGGACUGAAGAGGACUUUAGCUCAUAGCAGUCAUCUUGGUUUCUCACAUUAUGUGGGAAUUAUGUGAAAAGAAAAUGUCUUCCAUUGCAAAUUCAGAGGGACCUGAUUCAGAAAAUUGCAUUGGGUAGACCACAUCAGUUUUAGUUUCUUAUGGUUUUCAUGAUCUUUUAUGAGCAAGCAGAUGGCGACUGGUAGAUGCUAUAUGUUCUGUAUCUCAAAAUCUAGAGCUGAUCGGGGAAACAGCUGCCAUUUUUGGAAACAGCAAGUCAAAUAUACUCAGAAACCAGUUGAACAUUUGAGGUGUGUUGUCUGUUGUUACUAUACAAAGAAAGGAUUCCCUGAAAUGCACAGGCAAGAGGCCACUAUAGCUAGAAAUGUAAUCCAAUAACAUGAACUAUAAAACAGUAAUUAAACCAAAAUAUAAUCCAUGUGUUACCAACACACAUACAUUCAUAGAAAGUAAAACUCUACCCUGUUUCCCCAAAAAUAAGACAUUCCCAAAAAAUAAGACCUAGCAGAGGUUUUGCUGAAUUGUUAAAUAUAAGGCCUCCCCCGAAAGUAAGACCUAGCAAAGUUUUUGUUUGGAAGCAUGCCCAGCGCCUGCCAAACAAAACACCAGAACUUGCAGGAUCGGUAAAUGUACAUACCAGUUGUACAUGGAAAUAAUGGUAAUAAUACAUUAAAAUGUUAUAUUAUUUAUAUGUACACAGUAGUAACAAGAAAUUCUUGAUAGGAUUCCGUUUAUCUGGUUAUGUUGGUUUGUGAUGACAACUACUGUACGGUAUAUAAGAAAUGUUCAUUUUUUUGUUCAACAAUAAAUGUGAAUUCUUCUUCAUGGAAAAAAUAAGACAUCCCCUAAAAAUAAGACCUAGCACAUCUUUGGGAGCAAAAAAUAAUAUAAGACACUGUCUUAUUUUUGGGGAAACACAGUAUAUUCAGAGUUUGUGAGUCCAAUGCCCACCAGAGUUCAUGUUCCACAUGGAGGACUGUAUAAGUCACUAAUUGUGAGUCCAAAUUUAAACGUCCAAGUAAGUGAAUCCUUUUAUGAAAUCCAAUGUUUUAAACAAGUCCAAGGUUAGUCACCACUCGUAUGUAUUCCCUGUAAGUCCACUCCGUCAUUGAUGACACAUUGAAAUUAUAUACUUGAAGAACGAAAUUGACUACUCUAGGUUCUCCAUACCUGCAUAACCACCACCUGAGGAAGACUACACAGUCGAAACCGGUCGUGGAUGGUGACUAAUCUUGGACUUUAAAACACUGGAUUUCAUAAAAGGAUUCACUUUUAUAAAAGAGCUCACAAUUAGUGACUUAUACAGUCCUCCAUGUGGAACAUGAACUCUGGUGGGCAUUGGACUCAUAAAGUCUGAAUAUAGAGUUUUACUUUCUAUGAACGUAUGUGUGUUGGUAACGCAUGGAUUAUAUUUUGGUUUAAUGACUGUUUUAUAGUUCAUAUUAUUGGAUUACAUUUCCAGCUAUAGUGGCCUCUUGCCUGUGUCUGUUGUUACUAGACAUCAGUCCAUGCAGUCACUUCUGAAGGAUGAACCCAUCCCAGGAGCAAUUGUAGCCUACUGGAGAGCUAGAUUCAAUGGCUAUGAAGCUCCCAUCUUUGUUGUUGUAUUCUUCUUAACUUUUCAAGUUGAGGGCUGGUUAAUGAACAAGUCUAAAGUUUAGGUUGGAGGCCAGGUGAAAGGUGACAGAGACCAUAGUUCGGGGACCCCCGUCUUAAAGGAUUUGGGCAUAGACGUAUGAUCCUAAGCUUAGGUAAAGGUUUUCCUCUGACGUUAAGUCCAGUCGUGACCGACUCUAGGGGUUGGUGCUCAUCUCCAUUUCUAAGCAGAAGAGCCUGCGUUGUCCAUAGACACCUCCAAGGUCAUGUGGCCGGCAUGACUGCAUGGAGCGCCGUUACCUUCCCAUAUUGAUCUACUCACAUUGGCAUGUUUUCGAACUGCUAGGUUGGCAGGAGCUGGGGCUAACAGCAGGUGCUCACUCCGCUCUCGGGAUUUGAACCUGGCACCUUUGGUCCACAAGUCGAGCAGCUCAGCGCUUUAACACACUGGGCCACCACUUGGCCCCAAGCUUACUCUCUGAGAAAUGGGUCACAUUUUGAAGUCAACUUGGACUGAAUAUGACCACAAUCCAAAAAAGAGAUGGACAUGCUUUGGUUGUCAACUUGUGUUUCCUCCUUUCUAAUACCGGUUAGCAAUAAUUUUAUUUUAGCCAUAUGCCAGCGGAGACGAAGGCUUGUCAACGAGAAGAAAAGUGACUGGUUUACCCAAGUGCUCUGUCUUUCUGUUUUGUGUCUGUGUGCGUUGCGAAGGGUGUGGGAGAGAGGCAACCAUGCUGAAAAAGCAUCCAUUCGAAUUAAUUUUUCCUCCGUUAAUGAUAUGUUCUGAAACAUUGGUGUAGAGCACAUCACAAAUAAGAAACCCUCCUUUUUAUGCCACAGAGGAGCAUAUUUUAACAUGGGAUUGCUGUGCCGCAAUGUUUUGAAACUCUAACAAGCCUUUAGUAAUACAUUUGCGAGAUAUUUUUACUGUUUCAAGUAAGGUUUAUGGAAUAAUGAAUGAAUUGAUUCUGACAGUGUAGGAGGAAACUGCAGUGAUUCAAAUGUAUAUUUUUAUCCAGAUAUAUAAGACAGUUUAAUCACCUGAAGAAAUUAUUGCGGGUUGAUUGCUGUGAAAUUGUCUCUUACCUCAUGACUUGUCUUCUGUGAACAAGUAUUUUAAAUAUAUAUAUAUAUCUAAAUAUAUAUAUUUUCUUCCUCCGUGUCAUUGAAUGUUGCACAAACAUUGAUAUCUGGAAUCUCUUCUAGUAGCAGUAAAUGAUGGUUUUUAUAUACGGUAUAUGAAAAUGCAAAACAUUUUUUUCUUUGUGAUUUCUAUCUAAUUUUAUUGUAUUAUAGAGCCAUUUAUGUAAAACUUUAUUAAUAUAUAUACCUUAAGGUAUAUAUAUAAAUAUAUAUAUAUAGUUAAAAACAAAUCUGUCUUAAUUCUUUCCUGGCUUGAUAAACUUCCAUUUUUCUGAA